GUCGCACCUAAGCUUCACCGGGCAGAGUGGGUCCUACCAGAUGAAUUGACCGGAUUUUCCCGUUUUCUGUCGGAAAAGAGCUCUCCCUAACGGCCGGGGCCAGUUGUUCUUGUUUGACGAUAGCAUCGCAACAUCAGUUGAAAAAUAACCAUCUCCUUUCAUCCGUUAUAACCGAGCAGCCAGUGGCGCUUCGUUCUCCCUGGGCUAUCUUAAAAUCAAUUGACGCUCAGACCUAGCUCCCGUCGUUAUAAUGUACGGUUUCGCUCGCAGCCGAGCUGCAGCUUCUGCCCUGCGGGCUUCUAAGACUGCCUUCUCCCCCGCUACCAGAUUCAACGGCAUCGCCCAACAACAGCGAAGAAAUCUGAGCAUUCACGAAUAUCUCUCAGCCGACCUAUUGCGACAGUAUGGCGUCAGCGUCCCGAAAGGUCGCAAUGCGAAGUCUGCCGCCGAGGCCGAGAAGGUAGCGAAGGAGAUCGGUGGUGAGGAUAUGGUUAUCAAGGCCCAGGUCUUGGCUGGUGGCCGUGGAAAGGGUAGCUUCGACAACGGCCUGAAGGGAGGUGUCCGUGUCAUCUACUCUCCCACAGAGGCCAAGAUGUUCGCCGAGCAGAUGAUCGGCCACAAACUCAUUACCAAGCAGACUGGUGCGGCUGGCCGCCUCUGCAACUCGGUUUAUAUCUGCGAGCGCAAGUUCGCUCGCCGAGAGUUCUACCUGGCCAUUCUCAUGGACCGGUCUUCGCAGGGUCCCGUCAUCGUCUCCUCUUCUCAGGGUGGUAUGGAUAUCGAGGGCGUCGCCAAGGAGAAUCCCGAAGCUAUCAACACUAAUUACAUCGACAUCAAGGUUGGUGUAACCGACGAGAUUGCGCGGGAUAUUGCGACCAAGCUUGGCUUCAGCGAGCAGUGCAUCGAGGAUGCUAAGGACACCAUCCAAAAGCUAUACAAGAUCUUCCUCGAGAAGGAUGCCACCCAGAUCGAGAUCAACCCCCUGUCCGAGACCUCUGACCACCAGGUUAUGUGCAUGGACGCUAAAUUCGGAUUCGACGACAACGCCGACUACCGACAAAAGGAUAUCUUCUCGUGGCGCGAUACCACUCAAGAAGACCCCGAGGAAGUUCGCGCCGCCGAGUCUGGCCUGAACUUCAUCAAGCUCGACGGUGACAUUGGCUGCCUCGUCAACGGUGCCGGUUUGGCCAUGGCUACCAUGGACAUCAUCAAGCUGAACGGUGGCCAGCCCGCCAACUUCCUUGACGUCGGUGGUGGUGCUACCCCUGCCGCUAUCAAGGAGGCUUUUGAGCUCAUUACUAGCGACGCUAAGGUUACUGCCGUCUUCGUCAACAUCUUCGGCGGUAUCGUGCGAUGCGACGCCAUCGCCCACGGUCUCAUCAACACCGUCAAGACCUUGAACCUUAAGGUCCCUAUCAUUGCUCGACUACAAGGCACCAACGUGGAGCAAGCCCACCAACUAAUCAACGACUCUGGAAUGAAGAUCUUCUCCAUCGACGACCUCCAAAGCGCCGCGGAGAAGUCUGUACAACUGUCCAAGGUUGUGAAGUUGGCUCGGGACAUUGAUGUCGGCGUCGAAUUCAGCUUGGGUAUCUAAGGACGAUAGACACUAGUCCGAUAGACUGUACUAACUUUUUCAGGGUUGGACCUCCGGGGUGCGUGAGAAUAACGGGAGAGGUGUUGUGAAAUAGAGCUAGGGCGGGUUUGUCACUAUUGCAUGCAUUUUGAUAUUUUCCCUCGCCCUCUUGAUUCUCAAUGGAAUUGCUUUUCCUAAUCUAGA